AUGCGGACAUCUGUUUUGGUAGCCGCCUCGGCUGGCACGAUCCUGACCGGACUGCUCGCCUAUGCAGUUUACUUCGAUCACAAGCGACAGACCGACCCUGAUUUCCGUAAGUCCUUGAAGCGCAACAACCGCCGCCUUGCCAAGGCUGUGCAGGAAGAGGUCGAGGCCCAUGGUGCUAUGCAGCGCGAAGGAAUUAAGGCCGCUGUGCAACGCGCCAAGGAGGAGGGAUUCCCCACCGACCUGGAAGAGAAGGAGUCUUACUUCAUGAGCCAGGUCGCGAAGGGUGAGGGACUUUGCACUGAGGGCACAGAACAGGUUGAGGCCGCUCUGGCUUUCUACAAGGCGCUGAAGGUGUAUCCCCAGCCCAAGGACCUGAUCUCGAUCUACGACAAGACUGUCCCCAAGGAAGUACUCGAGAUCUUGGCCGAGAUGGUCGCCAUGGACACCACUCUCAACCUGGGUACUUUCACUGGAGAAAGCGGCUUGGACAACCACGGAGUCGAGUAA